ACAUUACCCAGGAGGACCAGCUAAAGGAUGUCUAAGACCCCGUCCACCACGUCUGCAGCCUCUGUAACUUCUGCAACGUCUGCAGCCUCUGUAACCUCUGCAACGUCUGCAGCCUCUACAGACAGCAAAGGUGGCAAAUCCCGGAAGACUUCGUCCUCGGGCUCGGAGUCGGCUCCCAAGAAGGUGUCUAAGAAAGAGCAGAAGAGGAAAGACAUGGAGAAGAUACACACCACCCUGCUCWGCAGCGUGUUUGGAGCGGAGAGGGAGUUGGCCCAAGCAGAGUUGGAUGAGCUGGACUUUGCCUUCAAGGAGUUUGACUACGACUGUGACGGCUACCUGAACUACAAGGACGUAGCUGAGUGCAUGAGGACCAUGGGCUACAUGCCCACUGAGAUGGAGCUGCUGGAGAUAGUGCAACAGAUCAAGAUGAGGAUGGGCGGUCUGAUGGACUUUGACGAUUUCUGUGAGCUGAUGGGUCCCAGGAUAAUGGGAGAGACAGCAGACAUGCUGGGGCUGAAAGAGCUCAGGUCCGCCUUCUCACAGUUUGACCAGGACUGUGAUGGGAAGAUCAGCCAGGAUGAGAUGAAGGAGGCGGUGAAGAGUCUACUGGGGGAGAAACUGAAGAAAGGAGAGCUGGAAGAGAUACUCAAAGAGAUAGACAUCAACGGAGACGGAAGCAUCGACUUUGAUGAGUUCGUCAUGAUUUUGUCCAUUCGGUAAGUGCUGGAAGACCUGAGAGGAUGCUAUCAUUUGUGUAUAUGAUCAGCUUUAAUGAUGAGAUGUACUCCUCUCAUUUCCUCACUCCUCCUUUUCUCCCCUCUCCGGUUCUCUCCUCUACUGUUCUCUCCUCUAUACUCUGUCACUGAGAAAAUAAAUAUGGUGUACAAUGGGCAAGAUUAUAUUUGUAAAUGUAUUUGGAUUCAUCAGUUUGUAGACACUGAUUGGCUGUAUGUAAUAUGAAAUCUAAAUAAGAUACCAUUUUGCUAUUUUAAUAAAGAAUUAGAAUUUCA